AUGUCUCCACCACGUCGAGCUCUGAUCGCCAUAACGUCCGCGCACGCGCCGCUCUACCCGGACGGCAAAGAGACCGGACUCUUCAUCACCGAAGCCCUGCAUCCGUUCAACGUCUUCCGAAAGGCAGGACUCGAAGUCGAUCUCGUGUCUGAGACGGGGUCAUACCAGCCCGACUGGCUGUCUCAACAAAAGGAAUGGCUUUCCGACGAAGACCGAGCCGUGUGGGAAGACCAUUCCAGUGAGUUUCGAUCGAAACUCGACCAUUUGUUGAGGCCGAGCGAGGUUGACGCAAGCAAUUAUGGAUUAUUCUUCGCGUCAGCAGGCCAUGCCUCCCUGAUCGACUACCCGGACGCGAAAGGCCUCCAGGAUAUCGCCUCGGAGAUGUAUGGCGCGGGUGCCAUCAUUGCUGCAGUAUGCCACGGAGGUGCGAUCUUCCCAGGAAUCAUUGAUCCAAGCACGGGAAAAUCCAUCAUCGCCAACCGCAAGGUCACCGGGUUUACCACUCGGGGCGAAGAGGAAGAGGGUGUUCUCGGCACGAUCCAAAGUUGGGAUCGACCUACAAUUGAGGCGUCGGCGGCCUCAUCUGGAGCGACAUACAUUUCCCCCGCCGGGCCUUGGGAUGCCUUUACAAUCACCGACGGCCGAAUUGUGACUGGAGCGAACCCUGCUAGCGCUCAUGUUACUGCUGAGGCAUCGGUUAAAGCCUUUCAACUUCUGUAA